AUGGGUGGUCGAAUUGAUAAACAAGUAAAUUCUGGAUCAUCUCCACCAAUCUUUCGCUUGAACGGUCAGAAUUUCCAUUUGAUGGGGAGUUUAUUACCCACUGAAGGCAAUUCAGCUAAAUUCGCACAGUUAUAUAUUCAUGACUCUGCAAAUGAAGUUAUGGAUAGAAUUAGUGCUGUCAGGAAUGAAAGUGAUGUACAAGACUUACACCCUCAAAUUGUUGCUGAUAUUCAAGCUGUUUUAGAUGAGUGCAAUGUUUUGGUUAAGUCAUUUCGAAUGGCGAAAGAAGCAAUCCAAUCAAAUCCAAUAGUAGAAGUUAAAAUGAAGUUGAUUGGGAAGCGUAACACAGAUGCCCGUACAUAUAAUUUGCCCACAGUUUCUGAAGUUGCUGCACUCAUUGUUGGGGACUUGGAUGCGCAUCUCGGUGAGCGAGAUAUAUUGGUGGAAACAAAGUCUGGAUUGUUGAAGAGGAUUAGUGAGCUCAAUCCAGCUUAUCUUCCAUUACAGUAUCCACUGUUAUUUCCAUAUGGUGAAGAUGGUUACAGGGAGGAUAUUGGCUUCAACAUUGUUCGAGUAGUUGAAAAUGGAUCUAGACAGCGUAUUUCACCUCGCGAGUAUCUUGCUUUCCGUAUUCAUGAGCGUUCAUCAGAAGUUUCAACAAUUUUAUAUGCUCGGAGAUUAUUUCAACAAUUUUUGGUUGAUGGUUACACGAUGGUUGAAGCUGGUCGAUUGUUGUAUAUUCGCACCAAUCAGAAAUCUUUAAGGUGUGGAGCUUAUCAGGGAUUGUCUGAUGCAUUAACACGAGGUGAUAUUGAGCCCGGUCGUCAUGGUAAACGAGUUAUUCUUCCGUCUAGCUUUACUGGAGGUGCUAGGUAUAUGAUCCAGAACUAUCAAGAUGCUUUGGCGAUUUGUGGAUGGAUUGGUUAUCCGAAUUUAUUUAUUACAUUUACAUGUAAUCCAAAGUGGCCUGAAAUAGAGAGGUAUUUGGGAGAGCGACAUUUGAGUGCUGUUGAUCGGCCUGAUAUCAUAUGUCGGUUAUUUAAAAUGAAAUUGGAUGCGUUGAUCAAGGAGAUCCGUUCUGGAUUAGUUUUUGGUAAUGUAACUGCAGUGAUUUAUACUGUUGAGUUCCAAAAAAGAGGACUUCCGCAUGCCCAUAUAUUGGUAUUUCUGAGCCAAGAAGAUGGUCGAGCUUUAUGUCAAAAUAUUGAUACUAUAAUUUCAGCUGAAAUUCCAGACCAGGAAGUAGAUAGUGAGUAUUAUAGGGUUGUUGAGGAGUUUAUGAUUCAUGGUCCUUGUGGUCAUCUUAAAAAGAAUUCUCCGUGUAUGGUUAAUGGUCGUUGUUCUAAACAUUUUCCAAAGAAGUUUGUAGACUUUUCAAAUUUUGAUCAAGAUGGUUAUCCAAUUUAUAGACGAAGAGAAGAUGGAAGGUUUGUUAAGAAAAAUGGGAUUGAGCUGGAUAACAGAUUUGUUGUACCACAUAACAAAUAUUUGUUGCUUAAAUAUAGAGCACAUAUCAAUAUUGAGUGGUGUAACCAGUCCCGUUCUAUCAAGUACUUAUUUAAGUAUGUCAACAAGGGGCAUGAUCGAGUUACAGCUCAUUUCUACAAAAGUUCUGAUGGUUUAGAGAAAGGACAAAUUGUAGAUGAGAUAUCUAUGUUCUAUGAUUGUCGUUACAUAUCUGCUUGCGAAGGAACAUGGCGUUUAUUUGGAUUUGACAUUCAAUUCAGAGUUCCUGCAGUUGAGAGAUUAAGUUUCCAUUUGCCCAAUCAACAAUUAGUUGUUUAUGGUGAUGAUGGUUGUGUUGAUAAUAUUUUGAGUCGCCCGAGUGUUGGAGAAAGUAUGUUUUUAGCUUGGUUUGAAGCUAAUAAAAAGUUUCCUAAAGCUAAAGAGUUAACUUACGGUCAGAUGCCCAACAAAUUUGUUUGGAAAAAGGAUGUUAGAGAGUGGCAUCUUAGACGUAAGGGGUUUGCCAUUGGACGUAUGUUUUUUGUCCCUCCAGGUUCUGGUGAAAUUUAUUAUCUAAGGUGUUUGUUGAACUUGGUUCGUGGUGCAACAUGUUAUGAAGAUCUUCGUAUUGUUGAGGGGGUGCAGUAUAGUUCGUUUCGAGAUGCAUGUUUUGCUCGUGGUUUAUUAGCAGAUGACAAGGAAUAUGUUGAUGCGAUUAAUGAAGCAAGUAAAUGGGCAUCUGCAACUUCUAUGAGGAGACUAUUUGUUACUAUGCUUACUUCAAACGUUCUUAUUCGACCAGAAGUUGUUUGGGAUGCAGUAUGGAUAUUCUUAGCUGAAGAUGCGGAGUUCAACCAACGGAAAAUACUAGAUAAACCAGGUUUAACCCUCACAGACGAAGAAAAGGCAAACUAUGCUUUGGUGGAAAUUGAAAAGCUUUUACGUGUAUUUGGAAAAAGUAUUUCUUGCUUUCCCUCUAUGCCUCUGCCAAAUAUGAGUUCCUCAUCUUCUCAUGGAAAUCAGUUGUUAGAUGAAGAAUUGUCAUAUGAUUGUGAUGCUCUUAAAGUUGAACAUGAUAAUUUGGUAGAGAAAUUGACAGAUGAACAAAGGCAUGUUUAUGACGUAGUUCUUACUGAUGUUGCGAAUGCUGGGGGUGGUUUAUUUUUUGUUUAUGGGUACGGAGGAACUGGUAAAACAUUUGUUUGGAAAACACUAUCAGCUGCUUUGCGUUCUGAGGGUCACAUCGUCUUAACUGUUGCCUCGAGUGGUAUUGCUUCUCUACUUUUGCCAGAUGGUCGAACUGCUCAUUCCCGAUUUGCUAUACCUAUUAAUAUAACUGAAGAUUCUACAUGUAACAUCUCUCAAGGGAGUGACUUGGCUCAUCUAAUAAUAAACUCCAAACUAAUUAUUUGGGAUGAAGCUCCGAUGAUGCAUAAACACUGCUUUGAGGCUUUAGACCGAACCAUGAGAGAUUUAUUACGGUUUGUGAAUCCUUUGAGCACAGAGAUGACAUUUGGAGGAAAAACGGUGGUUCUUGGUGGUGAUUUUCGACAAAUACUGCAUGUGAUUCCUAAGGGAACAAGACAAGAUAUUGUUGGAGCAAGCAUCAAUUCGUCAUAUCUCUGGCAAAAUUGUAAGGUUCUAAGAUUGACUAAGAAUUUGCGACUUCAAAGAUUGGGCAAUGAUGACAGUGCUGAGCAUAUCAAUUCAUUUUCGGAGUGGAUAGCUGGUAUAGGUGAUGGUUUGAUUGGUGGUCCAAAUGAUGGGUGUGCAGUAAUAAAUAUUCCGGAACAAAAUGUAUUGCGGCCACGUGGAGAUUCGAUAUCAGCUAUAGUAAAUAGUACAUUCCCGGAAUUUUGCUCAGGUAAUUUUGAUAUGGAAUCUCUUAAUGGUCGAGCUAUUUUGGCUCCAACUUUGGAUUUAGUGCAUGAAAUCAAUGAUUACAUGAGUGGCUUGAAUACGACAGCUAUUAGAACUUAUUUCAGUUCUGAUUCUGUUUGUCAAUCAGAUUCUGGUGUCGAUACUUUAGCUGGUUUACAUACUACAGAGUUUCUUAACACGUUGAAAUGUUCGGGUAUUCCAAAUCAUUGUCUUAUGUUGCAAGUUGGAUCUCCAGUUAUGUUGUUGCGCAAUAUUGACUACACUCUUGGCUUGUGCAAUGGUAUGCGAUUAGUCAUUACUAGAUUGGGAGAUCAUGUUGUUGAAGCGAAAGUGAUGUCAGGAAGUAGUAUGGGUACACGAGUUUUAAUUCCAAGAUGGUCAUUGACACCGUUUGAUCCUAGAUUGCCAUUUAAGUUCCAAAGGAGGCAAUUUCCUUUAAUGUUGUCAUAUGCAAUGACAAUAAAUAAGAGUCAAGGACAAAGUCUUACAAAUGUUGGCUUACUUCUGAAAAAAAUGAUUUUUGUGCAUGGACAAUUGUAUGUGGCUUUGUCUAGAGUUGACAAUCCAAAUGGUCUUAAAGUGGUUGUUUUGAGUGAGAAUGGGGAGUAUUCUUCUUCAACUGUAAAUGUUGUAUAUCACGAAGUUUUUAAAAAUUUGUAA